AUGUCAAACCCAAACCCCUCAAACGGCGCAACAGUCGCCUCUCUUCCACCCGAAGCCAUAGCCUUCGCAACCAGAAUGUACGACGCAGCACGAAAUGGCGAUAUUGAGAUUUUCGAACAAGCUUUACCGGCAGGACUUCCAGCUAAUAUGACGAAUGACAAGGGCGAUAGUCUCAUAAUGCUCGCUGCUUACCACGGCCACGCACCUCUCGUCCGACUCCUUCUUCAACAUGGUGCAGAUCCCAAUUCAUUGAACGAUCGAGGACAAUCUCCUCUAGCAGGUGCUGUAUUCAAAGGAGAGACUGAAGUAGUCGAGGCGUUACUCGAAGGCAACGCUGAUCCAGAUCAUGGUUCUCCAAGCGCAAUGAGAGCAAUAGAAUUAUUCAAGCAAGAAGAUAAAUGGGCUCAGAAAUUUGCGGAUGCACCAGGGAGGGGAAAAGCCGUUUAA